UGCCACCUCCCGGACAGAAUUCUGCUUCUUUCAACAAAACAAUGCCCACUUCUUCAACGGAAUUCUAGGGUUUCAAUCAUUCCCAUUUUUCCAACUUAAAUUUCAUCUACAUUUCCCUAAUAAUCAUCUCUCUAACUGAUCACCGAUUUUCAAGAACUUGAUGGUAUGUCCUCUUGGAAGUGGAAGAAUGGAAGCCUUGACAAGGCUUCUUGUAGCUGGAAAUAUCCAACAAACAGCUUCAGAGGAAGCAGGCCGCCAUAAAUUAGCUGCUCAGUACAUUCAAAGAGAAUUGAGAGAGGCAGAUGAAGCAAAUUUGAUUGAUGAAGAAGAUAUGCACGUGUUUGGUUUGAGGCCACUUACAGAUCCUUUGCAUUUGGUAUGUUGCAAUGCUUGUAAGAAGCCAAUAAAGGCCAGCCAAUACGUCGCCCAUGCAGAGCUUUGUAAGUCAUUAGACUCUGCAGAAGAAACUGUUUUGGAGGUCAAUGAUGGUACAGUGCACAAGAAACGUCCGAGGAAAGAGAGAAAAAAGUCACUAACUGCAAACUCUAACAAACCUAUAACAGUCAGAAAGAAAGCAAAACUUGAAUUGUUAGAUAAUGGUUUUGCUGCAUCAUCAUGCUGUUCGGAGGAGCAUCAUUCAACUGUUUCAUUUCCUGAUUAUAAAAGAAUUUCAUCACCCUUAAAUGUGGCCACCGUGAGAAAUAGUUCCAUGGUUAAUCCUGGACCUCAAGAUUGCUCAGAAGGUGCAAUCUUGCGCCAGGAAGAACGUUCUAAGAUGAUAAUUGCGGGAAAUCGGCAGCUAUUAGCUGAUUUUGGUGCUGCAAAUGGUGUUACUAAGAGUUGGUCUGCAAAUUCCAGAGAAGCUAUUCCCUUUUCAGGUGAAGAGCCUCAAGAAAGGUCAACUGCUGGCAGUGACAAUACUGGUAGUCAUGCUGUUGCAGUUAAAAUUCCAACUCAAGUCCAAAUGAUUUGUUCAAAGGCUGAAGAUAUUCCAUAUCCCCUUGCAACUAAGAUGUACUAUUCUCAAAGACAACUUCGUCUCAGAUCAGCUCUCAGCUAUCUGUAUCAUGAGGCAUCAUGUAAUGACAGUGGCUGCGAGUUUGCCUGUCAAAAGGUAUUAAAAACUAAUGUGAUGCCAGCGGAGAUGUUGUGCAAUAGGAACAACUCCGAUAUGCAAAGUAAUUACCAGCAGGAGAAGGCACAUGAUCCUUCCUUUCCGUUGGUCGAAAAGCCAAAUUUACUUCAAAUGGUUGAAUCGGGGGGAUGUCCACCACCUAUGAACAUCGCAUCCCAGUUUACUGUGAAUAAUGUCCUAACACACACCUCCAUUGCCAAUAGUGGAAGCAACUAUAAUUCGAAUUGUUAUUCAUUUGCAGGCCACUCAGGCAAGCAGCUACAACCUAUGCAGCAGACUGAGGGAAAUAGUGCAGCUGUACAGAAUUACUGAAGGAACUUUUUUUGUAGAGGAAAGCGAAACCUCCUUUCCUCUUCACUUUGUAAGGUAGGA